UUAUAACCGAUCAUUAGAGCAAGUAUACUCUCUUUAUACCAUCGCACAGUAAAAAAUCUGAACCAAACCUCAAACCAAAAAAAUUCCCCAACCACAAAAAAUCCCAAAGCAGUAACUUAACCAUUAUUUACAGCCCAAUUUCAAUCCCAUCAAAACUAUACCAUACAACCACAUCACACAGUCUAAUAAAGCCAAUGAUUGAUCCUAAUGAUUCAGUAACAUUUGGGAAUUCCCUUCUGUUACGAGUUGAUGGGGCAAUUGGGGCCAUGUCUUUAUCUCCCAAUGGUAGAGAUGCUUUAUUAGCCGGUAGAAGAGGAUUAUUUGUGAUUGAUUUAGAUGAUCCAUUCACCACUCCAAGAUGGUUACAUCAUAUCACUUCAUGGGAAGUGGCUGAUGUUCAAUGGUCUCCUCAUCAUUUCUCCAAACCUUCUUGGUGUAUAUCUACAUCUAAUCAAAAGGCUCUUCUUUGGGAUUUAUCACGACCUUCCAAUAAUGCCAUCUUCAGUGUAUUACACAAUCAUGCUAGAGCUAUUACAGAUAUCAAUUUCCAUCCUUCUGAUCCUGAAUUAUUAGCCACUUGUUCCAUUGAUACAUUCAUCUUAAGUUGGGAUAUGAGAACUCCUAGAAAACCAGUAGCUCAAUGGGCAGAAUGGAGAGCUGGUGCAACUCAAGUUAAAUGGAAUCAUGAAAAUCCUUAUGAAAUAGCAUCAAGUCAUGAUAAUAAUUUCUAUGUUUGGGAUUCUAGAAAAGGAGCAUUACCUCUUGUUAAAGUUAAUAAAGCUCAUAAUGGGAAAAUCAAUGGAUUGGAUUUUAGUAAUGGUUCAUCAAAUGUUAUAACUUGUUCUAAUGAUAAUACGAUUAAAUUUUGGAAUUUAAAAAAUGAUGAAGCGAUUAAAUUCUCUAAUAAUUUUAAUUAUUUUGCUAGUAAAGAUACUGAUUCAUCAGGUUUAAAACCUACUGUGGUGAUUGAAACUGAUUUCCCUAUAGCGAGAGCUAGAUCUUUACCAUUUGGAAGUGAUAAGGCAUGUGGGAUAAUGCCUCUUCGAGGAGGUCAAGAUUCAAUUCAUAUAGUCAAUUAUGAUGAUGAAUUUCAACAAGCAGCCUUAACUAAUCAAACUCAAGUUAUAAGUAAUUUCGGCAAUGAUGAAAAAUCAAAUUAUUCAUUCAAAGGUCAUAAUGGUCCUAUGAAAGAUUUCCUUUGGAGAACCAAACAAGAAAAAUAUGCUGGGUUUGAUUCUAAAAAUAAACAUAAGGAUUUCCAAUUGGUUACUUGGUCUUCAGUUGAUUAUGAUUUGAAAUUAUGGCCUCAUGAUGAUGAAUUAUAUAGAAGAGUUAAUUAUAAUCCUUCUUAUCAUAAUUUAUUAGGAAGUUUCAAACCGGAUGAUGAACCGGAAAGUGAUAAUAAUAGCACUCGACCUCAAUCUCCCUCUGUAGGCGAGAUUCAAGAAUAUAAUUAUAAAACUUAUUUAAUAGAACCUGAAGUUUCUAUCGAGGAUUUGAAACGGAAAAAUAAUGGUGAUUUAUUAUCAUCAUUAACGUCAUAUCAAAUCUAUGAAAAAUAUCAAAAACAGUAUAAUAAUAAUAACAAUAACAAUACCAGUGAUGAUUUAUAUAAUCAAUUAAAUCAUUUAGAUUGGAUAUCAGGAGUUAGAAUGGGUCGUGCUGGUCAUGUGCCUCAUAGAAAUGCCAAUGGUAUUGUGAGUGGGAAAGAUAGUGAUGAUGGAGUUAUUGAUGGUCCUUCCAAUUUAGGUGAAGAAGUAAGUAUUGUGGGUCAUAAAUUUCCUAAAGUUAGAUUUGAAAGAAUAUCAGUUUCAACCGGUGAAUUAGUAUUAAGUUUAAGAGGACCAGUUCCAAGUCCUAAUGAAAAGGAAAAGGAUAAAUCAGAUGAUGAUCCUAAUAAAAGUUCAAUCUUGGAUAAUUUUGAUUCCAAGAAUUCAAUCAGUGCAAGUGGUGUUGGUGAACCAUCUGAAAUUGGUGAAAGUGUAGCGACCAAUAAUACUAAUAAUACCAAUAAUGCCACUACAUCCAUACCAGGUAUUAGUGUUGCUGCCAAUAACAAUAUCGUUAGUAGUAAUCUUACCGCUAAUAAUAGUACCGCUACUAGUAAUAAUAAUAUCACCACAGGUAAUUCGAAAUCAGUACCAUCAGUCAGUGAUGACUCAAAUCAAGAUCAAAUAUUGGUUUUCAUUCGAUUACAAAUUAAAUUCCCUAAAGAGUAUCCAUACUUGGAAGAAAUCAAUUAUUCAUUAAAUGCUAAGAAAUUAGCUAAAUUACAAAAACAAAAUCUUGUUAAAUUUGAAAUUGAAGAAACUCAUGAAUUAACUCGAGAUAUCAAAGAUGAAAUGAUUUUAAAUUUAAAUGAAAUCGCCGAAUUCUACACCAAUAAACAUAAACGAUUCACUUUAGAGCCAUGUUUACGGUAUUUAAUGGGGGAUAAGAUGGAUCUAAACGAUGAAUUAAUGAUGGAUACCAGAACUGAUAGUAAUGAAGAACAUGGUGAUGGUGAGUUUAUUCAAGAAGUUGGAGCAGAAGGAUGGGCUGAUGAUUUGAUUAAUCAACAACCAGGAUAUAUGAAUAAUCAAAUGAAAGAUGAAUCUUCAGGUGAAGAGGAUAAUGAUGGAUUUAAUGAUUUGAUCGUUCAUAAUGAUGAAUUAUUAAGAAGUAUUGAUAGUGUGAAUAAAUUGAAUAAAAUGAAUGAUAGUAAUGGUGGGGCUAAUGCUGGUGAAAUUGAUGAAAGUAAUAAAGAACCUGUAUUUGAUUCAACACCAAUACCGAAAGGGUGCGGAGCAGUUUGGUCUCCUACUGGCCAUUUAGUAUGUUUUUUCAUUCCAAAGGAUAAUGCUGAAGAAGAAGAAAGUGCAUCUCAAAAGAAAUUCAAUAUCUUUAAAUUCACUGAUGGAGGGUUUAGUUUAAAUACUCAUGAUCAUACUCAUCACCAUCAUCACCAUCAUCAUGUAGAACCAGAAUCAGAUGAAUCUGAGGAAGUAGAAGAUGAUGAUCAAGAGAUUCUGAGUGAUUCAGACCAAUCCCAAAAUUCAGCUGCUGGCAGUGAUGAUGAAAGUAUUGAAUCUAUCACAUCAUCCUCAUCAGAUGAUAGUUUUACCAAUGAUUGGGAUGAAAUCUUAGAAACUGAUGCUCCUGCUCGUACUCGUGUUCCAGGAAUGUUUGUUGGAUUAGGUAAUAGAUAUAUCAAUCGUCAUAAUAAUACUAAAUCGGGCUCAUUCAAUCGAUUUGCCAGUCAUGGAGGUGGUACUAUUUCAAAUUAUAAAUCUUCCAUUAGAGAUGGUAAUAAAAAGAAACGAAGUAGAGAUAAAAAAGUAAAGAAUAUCGUCGGUAUAUUUGAUUUCAGACAUUUAUUACCGGAUAAAUAUGAAUUAGCUUGUGAAUAUCGUGUUUUAGGAGAUUCUCCAGAAAAUCUUGCCCGAUAUAAUAGUGAAGUUGCUUUGAAAUAUGGUUUAACUGAAAUAAGUGAUGUAUGGAAGAUAUUAGAAGUGAUAUUAUUAAAAUAUGUUCAAAUGAAUGAUAUUUAUACUGAACAUUAUCCUUCUUAUUUAGGUCCUAAUUUAAAGGAUAUUAAAACUAGUCAAACUUUAAAUCAAUUAAUGAAUAGUAAUAUUGCUAAAAAGAUUAUUACUAAACCUGGUCCAUUCUUUUGGGGUACUCAUCCAUUUGGAUCAAAUUGGUUAAUUAAAGAAAUAUUUAAUUAUUUUGAAUUAAAAUUAAAUGUGCAAAUGCUUACUAUGAUGUCAUGUAUACUAUAUGAGAAUCCAACGAAUUUCCUUAGAAGUCCUUCACGUCAAGAUUUAGCUUUAAAUAUUCCAAUCCAUACCCCAUAUCAAGUAUUACCACCUCCACCAUCAAUCAUUGCUGUGAAGAAAUUUAAUGAAGAAAGUCUAUUAUCAGGUAGUAAUAAUCAAAGUAGUCCUGAUGAACUGAACUUCCCAUCUGUAAGUCAUCGAAAUUCAAAUAAUCUGAUGGUUAUUUACAAUCAUACUCAUGGUAUUAAAUCUUUAGAUGGUGAGUUUUUAUUUAAUGAUUAUUCACCUCCAGAUCGAACUAAUGGUAGGAAACAUAUUUUACCUGCCUUGACUCCUUCAUCAUAUAAUGAAACUAGUAUUUCAUUAGAUAAAUAUAAGGUUAUCAGUCCUCAGCAACUGUUAACUAAAGCUAGAACACUUAGUCAUCUUGAAUCCAAGAGAACUCCAAAACCACUUAAUAAGAAAGCAUCCAUCAGACAUAUUAAUAGUACCAUUAGUAAUAAACUUCAAAAGAAAUUAAAUGGAUCAUUACCAAUUGUUAAUAUUGAAUUUCAAAACUCCAAUGAAUUUGAUAUGUUUGAAGAUAAUUAUACUCUUAGUUUAUUACUGUCUCAAGAUGAAUUAAAGAUUAAUGGAUAUAGACAACAAUACGCCGAUAUGUUAUUUUCAUGGCAAUUACCCAUUAAUCGUAUCAAAAUAUUAAAAUUCAAUCAUCCACCUACAGCGGUUAAAAAUUCAAAUAGUACAAGUGAACAUGCAUGUCAAUUUGGAAUCAGAUUUAAAGUGAGACAGUUCUCCACUCAAGAGUUUAUCCAGUCCGUAACGACGAUACCUACAUCUAGAUCGAAUGCUUGGAAUACAUCUAAACGGAAUAUGAUCAAAUAUUGUAAUUUAUGUAAUUUGAUCGUAGCGAAGAAUCUUAUUGUGUGUACUAAUUGUGAACAUAUUUUACAUACUGAAUGUGCAGCUCAAUGGUGGCAAGAUGGUGAAGAGGAUUGUCCUAGUGGAUGUGGUUGUAAUUGCUUACAACAUGUUUGAAAGUUAAAUAGACCUGUAAUAUACGAAAUCAUUUUAGA